CUCAAUCUCAUUUUCUGUUCUAAUGAUGUGUGUUAGCAACGGACGUGCAUGUAGUUUUAUGCCAUGCCCUCCUUUUUUAAAGCUUGCAUCGAAUCAUCAUUUACUGCAUCAAAUCACUACAUCGUCUACGUAGGAAGGAAACUGAUACUCUAUUUUCAACUGAAGAAUAUGAGGCUACCCCAAUUCUGAGAAAAAUCUACCCUGGAAAUAAUUUAUCCCGCAAAAGUUAAUAAAGACGGAUUGAAAGAUGGAUUCUAGUGCUUUGGCCUUCAGUGGAUGGAUGUGUUAUUGAAUUCAAAUUGUCGUCAUAGAUGUUUUCUGGACGCGGAAGAAGCUGGAAAUGAGCUUUAUUCCGAAGGAUAUGACUUGUACAACAAGUGAUAAUAUUUCUAAGGUGCAUGUUUUAGGGAGCAUGCAAGAGGCUGCGAUAUUCUCCGAGGAAGGAAUUAUUUUGUUAUGAAAAUGUAAAAAAAAAAAAAGUAAAAUAAAGAUAACCACCACAAGCGCAAUCCGAUUCCGUUAUUCCCUUUCGUCACCUCAUCACGGGUCAGCCUAUCUGACCGUUGUCACGGGAUAUACCAAACUUAAUAUAUUGUCGACCGUGAACCCGACGGUCUACCUAGACCUAAACAUCCUCCAUAGGAUUCCGCAGCGGAGGACUCGUGGCUAAUAAUGUUUACCAGUAUUUUCAGUUUGAAUCAGUGGUCAUUGACCACGUCAUCGCUGCUACUUAGUAUUUUCGUACUUGUUGUUGUCCUCGUCAUCGCUAACGCCAACCGUCGGAGAUCAGUGGCACCAGCUGAGGAUAGAAUCAGGUGGUUACCAGGCCCCCGGGGAAUCAGAACAACUAUCAAAGAUCUCUUAGGAAUGAGAAGAAAAGGGUCCAGAAACAUGUAUGAGAAGACAAAGACUUAUGGGAAGAUCUUUGGAAUCGGAAGUGGUGAAGGCGCUUACGUCAUAAUAAUGGAUUACGCUCAUCUUGAAGAGGCCUUUGUAACCAAAGCAGAUUUGUACUCUGAUCGUGGAGGAAUCAUUCGAACAAUGCUGGAAUCCGUCCUUCCAGAAAGAGGCUCAAUCUUCAACAACGGCACAGCAUGGGAUGAAUCUCGCGGAUUUGUCGCCAAAACCCUCAAAAACCCAGAUUUCGGCGCCACAACCAUCUCCCGCUGUAUCAGCGAUUCACUACCAAUAUUAUACUCCAAACUGGAUGCAUUGGUUGAGCAUCCGCUCGAUCCGAAAGAGAUCUAUCAAUCAUUCUUUAUCGACGUGUUCCAUCGCAUUUCAUUUGGUGUCGGCAUCAGCUAUUUAGAUGAAGACAUCAAGAAGUUCAUUGACGACUUAGACAACGUAGUUUGCCAAACACUCAAUCCCAGUUCCCUUUUACUCUCUCGUCCAUCUCUCAUCAAUAGCUGUCUCUUUAGAGGAUAUCGGUCAAAGCUUCGGAAUUCGUCUCGCUACGUGAAAACACAAUCAGAAGAUGUACUCGAAAAACGACAUGCCCCGGAAAAGUCCUCGAGCCUCAUUGCACUCUUCGCCAAGUAUGUUGAGGAUAUUCGCUUAUCUGGUAAACCAUCGUAUUCGGAACCGGAAGAUGGGUGGGUUAUUGUCUACAACAUGUUUUUUGCUGCUGCAGACACUAUCCACGAAGUCCUCCUGUGGCUUACACUAUUUCUUGCCGCUCAUUCACAUAUCCAAGUCAAGAUGCGAAACGAAAUAGAAACUAUCGUCAAUUCUGGCGGAACUUCAUCACUGUACGACCAGCGAUCUCAUCUCCCAGUCGUGAUGAGUACCAUCUUGGAAGUUCUGCGCAUGCGUCCCGCUGCACCAAUGGGUGUUCCCCAUAUUGUAUCCGAGGCGGGGAGUAUAGGUGGAUACAGUAUACCAAAAGGUAGUCAGAUAUUCCCUAACAUAUGGGGCAUGCACAACGACCUGGAUAUUUGGGAAGAUCCUGGAGUCUUCAACCCUAACCGCUUUCUAGAUGAAUCCGGUAAACUGAACGAGGAUAAAGCAAAGUUGGUGAUUCCAUUCUCAAUAGGACCAAGAUCUUGUCCGGGUGAACAGGUAGCCAGGAGGAUCAUCUUCCAGACCGUGGUCAGCAUGGUCACCAGGUAUAGGAUAUCACUUCCGGAAGGAACACACACACCUCGGAUGGACAACGAGAAACGAUCCUUCACUAUGAAUCCAGAAAGGUUCAAAGUUGUCUUCGUCAAGACGCAUUCAAAUCAGAUUCAGGUUAAAGACCUGGAAACAUCAAUCGCGAUGUAAUAACAAUAGGGGGUCUAUCUGAUAUCUCUUUUUGAUACCUGAACAUUUUUGCAGAAGCUGGACGAUUUUAAAUGUGGAGCCUUUUCAGUUUAUGAAAAUAAUCCUUUUUUCUUAUAGUGCUUAUCACAUCAAUCGGAAUGACGUCUCUAUCAUAAGCGCUUUUUAUGUAUAUUCUUACUUGCUUGUGUGUGUGUGUGUAUAAUAUUUUCAUGAAAUUGUUGAUCUAUAUAUUCCUUGAGCAGUUAAGCGAAUUUUACGAUAUUACAAAUCUAAAAUAAUUUAAGAUAUGAAUUGCUUAUUAUUGUGUAUCAAAAUAGAAUGUAAUGUAAAAGAAAUAAUUUCCAGUACCACCGAGUUUUCUAAUGAUUCAUUACAAUUUGAACCUGGAGUUCAACUAGCUGACGAGUGACUGGUUGUUGGUUGAUUAGUUGAUUGAUCGAUAUAUUGUUGAUUAAGCGAUUGAUAGCUGAAUGGUGAUGGAAUACUUGAUUGAGACGGAUUUAUUGGUUGAUUGAUUAAUUUAUCGAUUUAUAAUUAGUUGAUUGAUUUUUGAUCAAGCAAUUGAUAGCUGAAUGCUGAUUGAAUUGUCUAUAAUACGGUAGUAAUUAUUUAGUGAUAUAGGCUGUGAUCGUGAUCGACUUCAGAUAGAGUGUCAAGUUCAAAUUCAAGUUCGUCUUUAUAUAUAUCCAUAUUGUUGAUAAUUUGUUUUGAACACAAUUCUUUUCUAAGUAACAUAAGAGAAAAAAGGAGAGACUUAUGAGAUAAAUAUAUAGCCUGAGUAAAAAAAUAUUUGCGUAGACAGAAAGUAUUAUAUCAAAAAUUCAACCUUGAAACCAUAUCGAUCAUUUUUGUGAUUUCAAUAUAACAAAUGUGGAGGUGCCGUGGCCGAGUGGUCUAAGUCGCCUGGCUAUACAUGGAAAGACCAUGGUUUGAUCCCCGGCCGC